GUUCCUCGGUUUAUCUUAUGUAGCCAUACGCGUCUGAUCAGCGGUGAUGAUGUCCUGGCUUUAUGAACUGCGGAACUGUUGACGCUCAGUUUUUGUUUUGUUUUGUUUUGUUUUUUGGGGGAGGGGGGUUUACUGAAGAAGGCAGAUUGAGCCGCGGGUAAAAUUAAGGCAAUGACUUUCUCCAGUUUGGCCGCGGCGAUGGAGUCCAGCGCCGCCGGAGCCAGACCCGCUGGUUUCUCCGUGCUUCUGCUCUUCCACGAUACGCGCCUCCACAGCUGCAAACUACCCAGCUAUUUGGAACAUUAAUAGAAAAUACUUAAGCUCUUCUGGAUCGGCUCCUGUUGCGGCGCUCUCAAACAUAGCCAACAUGUCCGAUCCAAAUUACUGGACUUUAUUACCCAGUUACAAAUCCAAGUACAUGGCGGGGGCUAACCUAAAACGAUCAAAAAGUUGUCAUAGCAACAAGAGGAGGAGCCUGGUUGUGGGGAACCCAUCACCCACUCGCUCUCUUUCACCCCUGUCAUUAGGCACAGCAGCCGGUAGUCCUCUGGACAGCCUCCGGGGCGUGAGUGUCAGCGCGUCUCUGAACCUGCCCGUCGGCCGUGGCCUCUUGGCCCGGCCGGACAGAGCUGAUGGGAGAAGAUGGUCCCUCCCUCGUCCGCUAUGGAACCAAUUCCCCCAGCUCCACGGUCUCUCCCAUGUCUUCCUCCCAGGAGCUCGCCCCCCAGUCGAUCGAGGAGAUCUUCCUGCCGCCGAAGCCCUCGCGCAGCUCCGAGAGCCUGGCGGAGGAAGACGGACGCACUCCGGUCCAGGCACGCCGCUCCCGCAGCCUCAGCCCGGCGCGAUCGAGCGGCUCUUUCGAUAACGAGGUGGUCAUGAUGAACCACGUCUACCGGGAGCGCUUCCCCAAGGCGCGGGAGCAGAUGGAGGGCCGGCUGCAGGACGUGAUUGCGCGCUGCUCCCCAGACGGCUCGCUCCCAUUGGCCGACGGCGUGCUGGGCUUCAUACAGCACCAGCUGCUGGAGCUGGCCACCGACUGCCUGGACAAGUCCCGCCAGGGCCUGGUCACCUCUCAGCACUUCCUGGAGAUGCAGGACAAACUGGACAAACUGCUGCAUGAGGCCUACGAGCGCGCGGAGAGCGAGGAGGUGACCGUCAUCACGCAGCUCGUUAAGAAGAUUCUCAUGAUCAUCUCCCGGCCUGCCAGGCUCCUGGAGUGUCUGGAGUUUAACCCGGAAGAGUUCUACUUCCUCCUGGAGCAAGUGGAGGAUCAGGCCAAGCUGAGCGAAGGCAUAAAGGAGGACAUUCCCCGUUACAUCAUCCAGCAGCUGGGCCUCACCUGCGACCCCCUGCAAGACAUGGUCCAGUUGGAGGAGAUUGCUCAGGAGAUUGAGGACCAGGAGAAGGCCUGCUCGCCGUGCCGAAGGAAAGCCCAGGAGAGCGACUUCGACACCAUAAAACUCAUCAGCAACGGAGCCUAUGGGGCGGUGUAUCUGGUGCGGCACUGCGAGACCCGUCUGCGUUUCGCCAUGAAGAAGAUCAACCGGCAGAACCUGGUGCUGCGGAACCAGAUCCACCAGGCCUUCGUGGAGCGGGACAUCCUGACCUUCGCCGAGAACCCGUUCGUGGUCAGCUUGUUCUGCUCCUUCGAGACGCGCCGCCACCUCUGCAUGGUCAUGGAGUACGUGGAAGGGGGCGACUGUGCGGCCCUGCUGAAGAACAUCGGCCCCUUCCCGGUGGAGAUGGCCCGGCUGUACUUUGCGGAGACGGUGCUGGCUCUGGAGUACCUGCACAGCUACGGCAUCGUGCACAGGGACAUCAAACCUGACAACCUGCUCAUCACCUCCUUGGGCCACAUCAAGCUGACGGACUUCGGCCUGUCGAAGAUCGGCCUGAUGAACCUCACCACCAACCUGUAUGAGGGCUGCACCGGGCAGGACACAAGGGAGUUCAUCGACAAACAGGUGUGUGGGACUCCAGAGUACAUUGCUCCGGAGGUGAUUCUGCGGCAGGGCUACAGUAAGCCGGUGGACUGGUGGUCCAUGGGGGUUGUCCUGUACGAGUUCCUGGUGGGCUGCGUGCCCUUCUUCGGGGACACUCCUGAGGAGCUGUUUGGUCAGGUGGUCAGCGAUGAGAUCGUCUGGCCAGAUGGGGAUGAUGCGCUUCCUGCUGAUGCCCAUGACCUCAUCGCCUGGCUGCUCCGGCAGAACCCCCACGAGAGGCUGGGGUCAGGGGGCGCUGUGGAGGUGAGGAGACACAUGUUCUUCCUGGGCCUGGACUGGAACGGCCUCCUGAGGCAGAAGGCAGAGUUUGUCCCCUUUCUGACCGACAAGGAUGACACCAGCUACUUCGACACUCGGUCUGAGCGUUACAAACACCAGGAGUCUGAUGACGAUGAUGAUGAUGAUGAAACCAACGAUGAAGGCUCCUCCCUCGAGCUCCGCCAGUUCUACUCUUGGUCCCACCGAUUCAGCCAGGUGUACAGCAGCUCCGAACACCUGACCACGCCCUCGAACCCCAGCCUGGCGUCCUCAGACCACAGCCACAGCGAGGACAGGGAGGAGCCCCCACCUGAGGCCAGAGGGGAGGGAGGGCGCAGGAACAGCGGGGCAGCCGAGUGGGCUCUGUCGAGCUGCACGCGGCGGGACCGAGAGCGCAGGCUGCUGGCCAUCAGCGCCUCCCGCAGUCAGGAGGUCGUACCGCGCAUCACCGUCUCCAGCCAGGAGCAGGAGCAAGCAACAGCAUGGGUGCCAAGCGUUCGCAGCGGCCGGGAGCAAGAGGGGUCCCGUCAGCUCGCCCCCCCGCCGCACGUGCCCAGAAGCGCCCGGAGCCCGUCCGGGGGCAAGCUCCCGAAAUCCGCCUCUGCGUCGGCCCUGUCACUGCUCAGCACCCCAGGUAACCCCCCAGUGCUGCUCAGCACCCCAGGUAACCCCCCAGUGCUGCUCAGCACCCCAGGUAACCCCCCAGUGCUGCUCAGCACCCCAGACAUGGAGGGCUCGACCCACGCCUCCUCUAGCCCCUCCUCCCGGGAGUCCUCCCCCAGGCGAGACCCCGCCCCCAGCGGCAGCAGGCUCCGCCCCCCCGUGGUGAUCUUCCGGUCCGGGCGGCGCUUUGGCUUUGCACUGCGGGCGAUCCGCGUGUACAUGGGCGACAGCUCCGUGUACCGGGUGCACCACGUGGUCUGGAUUGUGGAGGAAGGAAGCCCCGCCCACGACUCAGGCCUGCGCGCGGGCGACCUCAUCACGCACGUGAACGGGGAGUCCGUCAUGGGGCUGCUGCACACCGAGGUGGUGCACCUCCUGCUGAAGAGCGGGAAGCGCGUGACCCUGCAGACGAUGCCAUUGGAGCACACGUCCAUCAGGACGGGGCCCGCCCGCAAGCCCAGCUGCGGGGCCAAGAUGGCGCGGCGCAAGAGGAGCAGGAAGAGGGACAGCCAGGAGCGGAGGAGGCGCUCUGUGGUAAAGAAGUUGACUCGACAGACCAGCGUCUCCCAGCCCAGCCGCUCCGCCACCCUGCAGCACUCCCUGUCCUCCAGCGAGAGCGGGACGGGGUCGUCUACGCCCUGCUCCUCCCCCCGGGCCACGCCCUGCCGUAGCCCCGCCCCCGACCAAUCCUGGGCACACUUCAGCAUAGAAAUGCUGCAGCACUACAGACACUGCGGCCUGCUGAGUUUAACAUCUCUGGUCAACAAGCUGACCACUGGACUCCAGCCCUCCCCUGAGCUCGUCCCCGGGGUGGAGCUCCCCCGGCUCCCCGGGUCCCCCGUGGCGCGGGUGAGGCCGCGGUCUCUGCAGGGCCUGGGCGCCAAGCUGAGCGGCUCUCCGUACUCCCACUGCAAGAGCAUCGCCAUCAUCCCGCCAUCGCCGCUGGCCUCCGCCCCGGGCCCCGGCCCCUGGCCCCCAGAGGGGGAGGGCCCCCCCGGCGCCUAUCGGAGCGCCCGCGACUGCCUGAGGAAGCAGGAGGCCGUGUGGGAGACUCUGGGAGACGGCCACGCCCAGCCAGGCCCCGCCCCCGGCUCUGAUGGCCACGCCCAGCCAGGCCACGCCCCCGGCCUGCGGGCUGAGCACAGGGCCAGCACCGUCCUGCACAUCACUCUACAGAGGAAUGAGAUCGUCUGGCCAGAUGGGGAUGAUGCGCUUCCUGCUGAUGCCCAUGACCUCAUCGCCUGGCUGCUCCGGCAGAACCCCCACGAGAGGCUGGGGUCAGGGGGCGCUGUGGAGGUGAGGAGACACAUGUUCUUCCUGGGCCUGGACUGGAACGGCCUCCUGAGGCAGAAGGCAGAGUUUGUCCCCUUUCUGACCGACAAGGAUGACACCAGCUACUUCGACACUCGGUCUGAGCGUUACAAACACCAGGAGUCUGAUGACGAUGAUGAUGAUGAUGAAACCAACGAUGAAGGCUCCUCCCUCGAGCUCCGCCAGUUCUACUCUUGGUCCCACCGAUUCAGCCAGGUGUACAGCAGCUCCGAACACCUGACCACGCCCUCGAACCCCAGCCUGGCGUCCUCAGACCACAGCCACAGCGAGGACAGGGAGGAGCCCCCACCUGAGGCCAGAGGGGAGGGAGGGCGGACUGUGUGUGUGUGUGUGUGUGUGUGUUUGUGUGUGUGUGUGUGUGUGUGUGUGUGUGUAAUGUGUGUGUGUGUGUGUGUGUGCCCCCCAGCCUGUCCCCCGCUGCUGAGACCCAGGGCUCUGUCGAGCUGCACGCGGCGGGACCGAGAGCGCAGGCUGCUGGCCAUCAGCGCCUCCCGCAGUCAGGAGGUCGUACCGCGCAUCACCGUCUCCAGCCAGGAGCAGGAGCAAGCUGCAGACUCGGUGCCCCGCCGCCUCCGUCUCCGUAGCAACAGCAUGGGUGCCAAGCGUUCGCGCGGCCGGGAGCAAGAGGGGUCCCGUCAGCUCGCCCCCCCGCCGCACGUGCCCAGAAGCGCCCGGAGCCCGUCCGGGGGCAAGCUCCCGAAAUCCGCCUCUGCGUCGGCCCUGUCACUGCUCAGCACCCCAGACAUGGAGGGCUCGACCCACGCCUCCUCUAGCCCCUCCUCCCGGGAGUCCUCCCCCAGGCGAGACCCCGCCCCCAGCGGCAGCAGGCUCCGCCCCCCCGUGGUGAUCUUCCGGUCCGGGCGGCGCUUUGGCUUUGCACUGCGGGCGAUCCGCGUGUACAUGGGCGACAGCUCCGUGUACCGGGUGCACCACGUGGUCUGGAUUGUGGAGGAAGGAAGCCCCGCCCACGACUCAGGCCUGCGCGCGGGCGACCUCAUCACGCACGUGAACGGGGAGUCCGUCAUGGGGCUGCUGCACACCGAGGUGGUGCACCUCCUGCUGAAGAGCGGGAAGCGCGUGACCCUGCAGACGAUGCCAUUGGAGCACACGUCCAUCAGGACGGGGCCCGCCCGCAAGCCCAGCUGCGGGGCCAAGAUGGCGCGGCGCAAGAGGAGCAGGAAGAGGGACAGCCAGGAGCGGAGGAGGCGCUCUGUGGUAAAGAAGUUGACUCGACAGACCAGCGUCUCCCAGCCCAGCCGCUCCGCCACCCUGCAGCACUCCCUGUCCUCCAGCGAGAGCGGGACGGGGUCGUCUACGCCCUGCUCCUCCCCCCGGGCCACGCCCUGCCGUAGCCCCGCCCCCGACCAAUCCUGGGACUCCAGCCCUCCCCUGAGCUCGUCCCCGGGGUGGAGCUCCCCCGGCUCCCCCGGGUCCCCCGUGGCGCGGGUGAGGCCGCGGUCUCUGCAGGGCCUGGGCGCCAAGCUGAGCGGCUCUCCGUACUCCCACUGCAAGAGCAUCGCCAUCAUCCCGCCAUCGCCGCUGGCCUCCGCCCCGGGCCCCGGCCCCUGGCCCCCAGAGGGGGAGGGCCCCCCGGCGGUCCGGCGCAGCAGCAGGCCCCGGGAGGACAUGGCUGCGCUCCUGGCGGUGCGCCGGCUCAGCCUAUCGGAGCGCCGCGACUGCCUGAGGAAGCAGGAGGCCGUGUGGGAGACUCUGGGAGACGGCCACGCCCAGCCAGGCCCCGCCCCCGGCUCUGAUGGCCACGCCCAGCCAGGCCACGCCCCCGGCCUGCGGGCUGAGCACAGGGCCAGCACCGUCCUGCACAUCACUCUACAGAGGAGCAGAGAGAGAGGAGCAGAGAGAGAGAGGAGAGAGAGGAGCAGAGAGAGGGGAGAGAGAGGAGCAGAGAGAGAGGAGCAGAGAGAGGAGCAGAGAGAGGAGCAGAGAGAGAGAGGAGCAGAGAGAGAGGGGAGCAGAGAGAGA